AUGACGCAGCGGCAGACUGUGGGACAGCCAGUCGAUAGGACACAGCUGAUCAUCGCAGAAAUUUUAAAAGAUGAUGACAAUAAAUACUGUGCUGACUGUGAUGCUAAAGCACCUAGAUGGGCUUCCUGGAACAUUGGCGUCCUUUUAUGCAUUCGCUGCGCCGGAAUACAUCGGGGGUUAGGCGUUCAUAUCUCUAAGGUUAAAUCACUUAACCUCGAUUCUUGGGAGCCACACCAAAUAGCGAUGCUUAGGGAAAUCGGAAAUCGUCGUGGACGUGAGAUAUACGAAGCGAAUUUGCCUGAGUACUUUCGAAGGCCUCAGACAGACUUCGCCUUGGAACAGUUUAUACGGGCAAAAUAUGAACAAAAACGAUUUAUAGCUGCAGAUUUCAUUCCACCGACGCCGAAUGCCGAUGCUGUGAACAAGGAGCUUAAUCGUCUCGAACAACUCAGUAAGAAACGACCUACGGCUUCAAAGUCUCUCGCAUUAGCAGCCGGAAGUAAGGAAUCUUCGACGAAACCUCAGUCCCGGGCAUCGAAGCCUGCGGCGAAAGCACCCCCAUUGCCCUCGCGCACGGCAGACAUUAUCGAACUCUCACCGCCUGGACCUAGCAAAAAGUCCACCAGUUCCCCGCCCAGCAAAGGUGCAAAAAAGCCCUCGAAGCCAGCAGCAUCGGAAGCUCUGAUUGAGGUCUCCGCUGUACCGUCCGCUCAACCGGAACCCACUCCAGCAACCACCAUCCAAGUGAGCUCUCUUCCUGUUUUUAUGAUUCUAACCCCCUCCCUCCGCCACAUGGGCCGUUACUAG